AUGUCGAGACCGCUCGAUAACGCCCGCCAAGGCGCAAUCGAGGUAGACGAAUCUGAUGAAUCAUACGAUGUCCUGAGCGUCGACAUGGACGGCCACAUCGUCCUCUCCGACGAUCGGUCUGACGACGACGACGAAGAUAGCGAUGACCUGCUCCUUCAAGAUGCGCUGGAAGAGAUGGUCGCUCAAGCAGAGGCACGCGAUUCGUUCGGCGCACAGUUUGACGACUCGGAAGGCGACUCGGAGUAUAUUCCAUCCGACGAAGACGGUUCUGUCUAUCAAGAUCUUAUCGAAGACGCUGGUGGGCUAGAGAUCGAAAUGGAAGACGACGGCGAUGACGACCAAGAGCAAGACGACGACGACGACGAUCAACGUCCAGGUGCUCGCCAAGGACAAAGCAUCACCAUCGACAUUCGCGAUCUGCUGCGCGCGCACAUGGCUGCAAACAAUGACGAGGACGGCAAUAGCGAAGACGCUGGCGCACUCAACACCAGAGCAGCGAUAACGCGCGCACUCAACAGCAUCGGUAUCACAGGCUUACAGCGCCUUCUCGCUGCUGCUACCGGCGGUACAGUCAACGAAGACGACGAUGAGCUAGAUGACGAUGACGAUGACGACGACGACGACGAGGAUGACUGGUACCACAUGGCACGUUCGUCGCAAAUGGCCGACUUCUGGGAACCCACUUCGCCCAUCCGAUCAGGUCAGGAGCUGGCUCUCAGUGGCGAAUUUGGCCGUCAACCCAAGCGUCCUCUCGAUUCUCCUCCUUCCGCGUUUGCCGAAAGCAGCAACCUGUCAGAUCUGGUCCAUCAGCGCAAGUACGCCCGUCGGCGUAUCGCCAAAGCCGACAUGGGCUCGUUCGUGCCCAAUACCAACGGCACCAUUGUCGCCUCGUAUCCAGCACGUGUCUACUGCGGACAGUAUUCACAAGAUUCCUCAUUCUUCUACACAUGCACGCAGGAUUUCCGGGUGCACAUGUACGAUACCACUACCGCGGGACCAAAAACGGUGCAAGUCCAUGACGACGGGCCAAGACGCGUUCGCAACAGCUUGUUCUUCAGCUCGAUGGGCACAACACAGUAUACAUCGCUCAACAUGACCAAGAGCAUUCAAGGCAGGCAGGGCAACUGGACCAUUACGGAUGCCAACUUAAGUCCGGACAAUCAGUGGAUGAUCUAUUCGAGUAUCACUCCUUUUGUACAUCUCGUGCCGACGAAGCAGAACUUUGAUACGGGCGGGGGGACGUCCAGCGACAGCCAGGUCUUGCUGGAUUUCAGUAAUGCUGGAGAUGAUGAUACUGGGAUCUGGUCGAUCCGCUUCUCUGGCGACUCACGCGAGAUUGUAGCGGGUGCGCACUUCGGCGACAUCUUCGUCUACGACAUCGAAGCUCGUCGGCGUGUGCUGCGAGUUGAAGGUCAUUCAGACGAUGUCAAUGCAGUCGCCUUUGCCGAUGCUGCGUCAUCCAACGUGCUCAUCUCGGGCUCGGACGACUCAUUUGUUAAAGUCUGGGACCGCCGCUCACUGUCGGGCGGCAAGCCGGCUGGCGUGCUCAUGGGGCAUACAGAAGGCAUCACCUACGUCUCGCCCAAGGGAGAUGGCCGAUACUGCAUCUCGAACGGGAAGGACCAAUCGUGUCGCCUGUGGGAUCUGCGCAUGAUGCACAGCUCGUCCAAGUAUGACAGCAUGACGCACCUCGAUUACGGACUGCGCAAUUGGGACUAUCGAAACAUGUCGUACCGGCAACCACGGUACCAGGCGCAUCCACAGGAUUGUUCCGUCAUGACGUACCGAGGGCAUGCGGUGCUCAAGACGCUGAUUCGGUGCCACUUUUCUCCCGCCGAGACGACAGGGCAAAAGUACAUCUACAGCGGCAGCGCUGACGGCAAGAUCCACAUCUGGAACCUGGACGGCACUGUGGCGCAGGUGCUGGACCGCUCCAAAGUGAGACCGCUGUAUGCCGAGAAGGAUCCGGCCAACCAGAUCCACGCGUACAAGGGUCCAGGCGCAGACGACGACGACAUUGAAUCCGAAGACGACGACGACGACGUCUUCCGCGCACCGGGGAUUGCAUCUGAUCCAGCGGCUCCACCGAUGCCGUGGUUCAAGCGCAAGCAUCCAGUGCGUCACGCAGCCAGAGCUGGAGCUGGAGCGAGCUUUGACAACCCGCUGGCGCGCGGCGAUGGUCGCAGGCGCGUGCACAGCAACAGAGGAAGAGGUCCCGGUGGUGGAGCGGUUUGCACGGUCAGAGACGUCAGCUGGCACCCGCAGGAACCGAGUCUCAUGUCGACAGCGUGGGACGGCAACGAAGGCGAAUCGGGGAGCAUCGCCAAGCACGAGUUGUCGGAUUGGUCAAAGAGGCACAUGACGUUGGAGGACGUGCAGGCGCGUAUGGCACUCGAGGCUCAAGGGUGA